GUGCCCUUUGUGUCCCGGGCGGGCGGGCGGCGCGGGGCAGGCCGGGCCGGGCCGGGCCGCUGUGAGCGCCGCGCCGCCGCCGCCACCGCCGGGGCGCGGGGAGCCGGCUCCGCCAUGGUGAAGAAGCGGAAAGGCCGCGUCCUCAUCGACUCCGACACGGAGGACAGUGGGAGCGAGGAGAACCUUGAUCAGGAGCUCUUGUCACUGGCCAAACGGAAACGCAGUGACUCUGAAGAAAAGGAGCCACCUGUGAGCAAACCUACAGCGUCUUCAGACUCUGAGACGUCAGACAGUGACGAUGAGUGGACUGUUGGAGGUUCUAAAAACAAAAAAAAGGGAAAAGCGGGUAAGGCAGAGAAGAAAGGAGCCAUGAAGAAACAGACAAACAAAGCUGCCUCUUCGGGCAGCUCAGAUAAAGACAGCUCGGCUGAGAGCUCGGCACCUGAAGAGGGAGAAGUUUCUGACUCUGAAAGCAACAGCUCUUCAUCUAGCUCAGAUUCAGAUUCUUCAUCUGAAGAUGAGGAAUUCCAUGAUGGCUAUGGAGAAGAUCUCAUGGGAGAUGAAGAAGACCGAGCUCGACUGGAACAAAUGACAGAAAAGGAGAGAGAACAGGAGCUUUUUAAUCGGAUAGAGAAGAGAGAAGUGCUAAAGAGAAGAUUUGAAAUCAAGAAGAAACUAAAAACGGCAAAGAAGAAAGAAAAGAAAGAGAAAAAGAAAAAGCAAGAAGAAGAGCAGGAGAAGAAAAAACUCACACAGAUCCAGGAAUCCCAGGUCACGUCACAUAACAAAGAGCGGCGAUCAAAGCGGGAUGAGAAGCUAGACAAGAAGUCUCAGGCCAUGGAGGAGCUAAAAGCAGAAAGAGAGAAAAGGAAGAACAGAACAGCCGAAUUGCUUGCAAAAAAGCAGCCAUUAAAAACUAGUGAAGUAUACUCUGAUGAUGAAGAAGAGGAAGAGGACGAUAAGUCUAGUGAGAAAAGUGAUCGCUCAUCCAGAUCCUCAUCCUCUGAUGAAGAGGAAGAGAAAGAAGAAAUUCCUCCUAAAUCCCAGCCAGUGUCCUUGCCUGAAGAACUGAACCGAGUACGGUUAUCACGACACAAACUGGAACGCUGGUGUCAUAUGCCCUUCUUUGCCAAGACAGUCACUGGCUGCUUUGUCCGUAUUGGCAUUGGAAAUCACAACAGCAAACCUGUUUAUCGGGUUGCUGAAAUAACUGGUGUGGUAGAGACUGCAAAAGUUUAUCAGCUUGGUGGUACCCGGACAAACAAAGGACUACAGUUGCGGCAUGGCAACGAUUCGCGUGUGUUUCGUUUGGAGUUUGUCUCAAAUCAGGAAUUUACUGAAAGUGAGUUUAUGAAGUGGAAGGAAGCGAUGUUCUCUGCUGGGAUGCAGCUACCCACGCUAGAUGAGAUAAACAAGAAGGAAGUCUCCAUCAAAGAAGCACUCAACUACAAGUUCAAUGACCAGGACAUUGAGGAGAUCGUGAAAGAGAAGGAAAGAUUCAGAAAAGCACCUCCAAAUUAUGCUAUGAAGAAAACUCAGCUAUUAAAAGAGAAGGCUAUGGCUGAGGACUUGGGAGACCAAGAUAAGGCCAAACAGAUCCAAGAUCAGCUUAAUGAACUUGAAGAGAGAGCAGAAGCCCUGGAUCGUCAACGAACAAAAAACAUUUCUGCAAUCAGUUACAUCAACCAGAGAAAUAGAGAGUGGAAUAUCGUUGAGUCUGAGAAGGCUCUUGUGGCUGAAAGUCAUAGCAUGAAAAACCAACAAAUGGACCCCUUUACUAGGCGGCAGUGCAAGCCCACAAUAGUGUCUAAUUCCAGAGAUCCUGCUGUCCAGGCUGCCAUCCUUGCCCAGCUAAAUGCAAAAUAUGGGUCUGGUGUAUUACCAGAUGCUCCAAAGGACAUGAGUAAGGGUCAAGGGAAGGAUAAAGAUGUGAACUCUAAAUCAGCCAGUGACCUCUCAGAAGAUCUAUUCAAAGUGCAUGACUUUGAUGUAAAGAUUGAUCUUCAGGUUCCCAGUUCAGAAUCUAAGGCACUGGCCAUCACCUCCAAGGCUCCACCAGCUAAAGAUGGUGCCCCUCGGCGAUCAUUGAAUUUGGAGGACUACAAAAAGAGGCGGGGGCUUAUUUGAGCGUGCCCACUCUGCUGCUUCUGAUCCUGCAUGCUCCAUGACUAUGUCCUACUUUUUCUUCCUCCCUUUUCAGUUCUCCCUUCUGGGUUGGAGCAGCGAUGGAGCUGGGAAGAGACUCUUUAAAACUGCCAGUCAGCUGUAACAUAAACCAUUCAACUAUUUACUGUAUAGACCUCCCUUCUUGCCCUUUCUUCCUGCCCCCCUCACAAAUGUGGAUCUGUGCUACUUGGAGUUUUCCCAUUUCUUUUAGUUUGAAUUUUGCUUUUAUUUUGUCGAUGCAGCUUGUUGGUCCACUCUGUGUUCAGUAUUAGCCUGAGGUCUGGAUUUCCAUAGGAAUCUCUUGGUGGUCACAGAAUCAGCACUUGAUGAUCUCCCCUUACAUACCACCACAGGCACGGUGAAUAAACGUUGACGCAAGACCUUUGUGGCUGGAAGGUCAUCUGCACUUUCUUCCUCCUCUUCUUCCUCCUUCCUCCUAGCUUUGGAGAAGGGAAUCUUCAAAAACUGGCUUAGGUUCAAAGUGUAAAUUUUUUUGGAAGGGUUGUGUGACUUUUUUUCAGGUGUUUUUUAUCAUUUUUAAGCUGCAGUAAUAUUUGUAUCUGUCUGUCACAGUUCUUUACGGCUGUUUUGAAUUUCUACCAGCUGUACUUGAGCAUCUGAAAUUGCAAGAAAGAAACUCAUUAAAUGUGAUUCUUCUUACUAAAACGGCUUGGCUGAUAUAGCUGUUCAACUUCAUGUUCCCUUCUUUACUUACACUUAACCGAUGAGAGGGAGGUACACGGCUUCUGAUGUGGGACUUGUCAUCUAUAGGACAUCCAGAGUCUCUAACUGAAACUGAGUGGAGUAGCUUUUUUCUGGGCUGGCCAUGGGGUGCUUAUUGGUUGGGCUUUAAUUUCUUCUCCAAACCUCCAAUAUUACAUAUUUAAGUCAUCAUGUCUUCACUGGGCUCCAGCUCACUUUUCUUGUUUUAUGAACCAUUUAAAAGGGGCUUCUAUAAACAAAUGAAAAAUAUUUUUUAAAAAAGGCGUUUUGUGCAAGAGAAAGGGCACAGUGAGGACAUAGUAGAAAGGUCAGUGGGUCAUGUAUGAGAGGUAGCUGAUGCACAUUUUUCAUCUAUAAACUGCUACAAGUGCAACACUAGCACAAAAAUUAUAUGGCUUUAUGGAAUAUUUGACUGGACACAAGGUGACAGCUGAAUUUACUCAGGUGUAAAAAAAAUAAAUAAAUAUCAAAGUGUAAAUAUAAGUGACGUUUAACAAGGAGCUUUUCCAAACAAGAUACAAUGGCAUAUAUGGAGCUAAGAACUAAACUAAAAGAGAAUUAGAAGUCUAAAAGAUUAGAGGCCCUUGUUCAGGUAUGCGUGCAAGUGCGUGUUUGUUCCUACUCAGACCAGUACAAGUAUAAUGACUUAGGCACUGAACUGGAUAGGAACGUUUCUGGGGGACCCUGAAGAGGGAAUAUGCUGAUGCUCUUCUUGUGUCAGAGCAUUACUGUUUCUCUGAAAUCGUACACUGGUUACAUUUAAACCUGUGUUUGAUGCUUUCUUGUUGGAUUCUUAAUGAAACUUCAAUCUAGUUCUUAUUUAACUUCCUCUUUUUUAACACUAGCUUUAAAGAAACAUCUUGUAAUUGUGUGCAGAUUGAUACUAUGAACUGUGCAUAAAAAGAAAAUCAGCCUAUGAAGCAGCUCUUAUCUACCAUUUAAACAAGUAAUUAGGAAUCCUUCAACACUAUUCACAGAAUAGUCCAUAGUUCUAGGAAACAUGGGUUAUUCUGUAAAUAUGUAAUCAUGGACUGCUUUAUUUGGCCUGUUUUGGCAGCUUCUCUGGGGCUGUAGUAGGCUUUCACAGAUAUGUAUGUUUAACAUUCUAAGAGUGAAUUUUUGGACUCUACUGUGAUAACUUCAUUGGAGACAUUGUGAUUCACUGUGUAGAUAUGCAUUUGAUAUGAUUUUUUUUUUAACAGUUUCAAUAAUGUUACAGAUUUGUAAUAAAACCCCUAAAGUUGUUUGCAAUAGCUAGUUUUCAAAAUAAUCACUCUCCAGUGCUUUGCAGAAAUAAUUGCAAAAUCAAGCGAUUCAGGGACUGAUUUUUACAGAAAAAUGCCUCUGAACUCUGAGGUGCAGUGACAAGUGGUCUCUAAAGAUAAAGUUAACUCAAAUUCAUUAUUUUUUAAUAUGCUUGCCCUUGAUGUAUUGAUUUUAGGCAUACAUUUGGUAACACAAGAAUAGUCUCAACUAUGGCCAAAAUGUUGACGAGACCUGUACAGUGUUGCAAUUAACUUUUAGUGGAAACAACUGAAACAGAGGAGAUGCAGUGAGUUUACAAUACGCAGAUGAAUGAUGGACUAUGUCCUAGUUACUUGUGAAUAUGAAACUGCCACUUAACCUCUCAAAGGUUCUGGAUUCUGCCGAAAUCCUAUUUUUAAAAGAGGCAACGGUCACUAAAUUAUCACGCAGACCUCUUCUAAUGAGAAUAAUCCAUCAAGAGAUAUUCUUGAAUAGUUACAAAACUGUGUAUGAAAGCUGUAAUCUUUUUCCUUUAAGUGCAUGUAAAGGUGAGUGACUACACCUCUUGCUCGUAGAGAGGGGGAAGAGAUUUGUUUGCUUUGUUUCAUUGGUGUCCUAGCAUAGUUCAUCACAAUUGUACAGACUUCUAUAAAUAAACUUGGUUUGUUGGUUUAAUAAGGUUUAUUGUUUAUCCCUUGAUCUGAGAUGCUAAGGGUUUCCUGCCUGGAGUUUGCUCUUUUAAGAAACUGACACUUCAUUUAUCAGUCUGGGUGAUUUUAUUUAAAAUACUAUGAAAAGUCCCCUCUUUUGCAAGAGUGACUGUUGACUCCUGCCUCACUCUUUAGCCACUGAAGUCCCUUUUUAUCACUAGAAUCAAAUGGAGCCUCUUGGAAGGUCCUUCACUUGCACCUCUGCUGCGUCUCGAUGAAAUCACAGACUUUGCUCAUCUGGUAGAAAUCCAGAUUAUUGUAAUCAAAGAUGUUAGAGCAUGUAGCUGAACUCAGCAAACCUACUGAACGAGAUGAGGCAAGGCUGUUCUUGAGCGAUACUUGAUGGGACGAUGAGACACAACCGGCCAAAAAUGAGACAGGACAAGUUUUGCCAAGAUGUAACUCAGGACAGUGAGAGUGGAGUAGGUUGCCCAGAGAGAUUGUUCUGUUAGUAGUUUGGAGGGUUUCAAUUGAAGGCUGGAUUAAGCCACGAGUAAGGUGAUCCAACCUUGUAGUCUACAAAACUUUGAGCAGGAGGGUGGAAUUAUCCUAUGAUUCUAUAAGUAAUUUAAUACUGCUUUAUCCAGUUUUGUCUGUCUGCACGUACUGCCCUUUCCACAUCCCCCUUCCUACAUGCAGCACGCAGAAUUUGUCUCACAGACAUGGUGGCUUACCAUGAGCAGUGCAGCAUUUCGCGACACGUGUCCUUUCUGAGACUCUGGGUGUUUGUCUACAGAGUUCCUGCUAUGGCUGGCUGUGACACAAAAUUGUCUAUAGGUUUAUCACUGAACAGGCUGGAAGACUCGGCUUGUUACACUGUAGAGUAAAGAGCUAUAACAGAUUUGAUUAGCAAAAUGUUCUUUGGUGCGCUUGGAACAAUAAAACCCUGUCUGAGUUUUCCACAUCCUUAUGAGCAUUUUAAAAUGCCCAUGCUUUUAAGGUGCUGUGCAAGGUCACAGAUUUCCAAGGAAUCUUUAGGACAAGGGGUUGAUAGUUUUUAACUGCCUUUGGGAAGGAUAGUGGACCAAAGGAAAAUAGGUCGUGCCUCAAAGGAAAAGGAAUGAACUAACAAUGAAGAAGAUGCUUCACAGCUAGUUUGUUCCUAGCAGAAGUUGAAAGGAGAAGAAGGUGAGAACUGAAAAUGAGGAGUAUGCCCAAAUGCUUCACUGGUUAUACAUGCUUUUUUUGUUGGUAGAAGGCUUGAAAGCAAAAAGUACUGAGAUCCUCAACAGCCUUCCAGAAAAUGAUCUGUGGAAUUGCCUUGAACAUUGGCAACAUUAUAUGCAGCUGUGGGUCAGCUCAGAAGGUGAUUUUAAUUUAUUUGUUAAACAAAAAGAAUUACAGGCAUGGUCUUGGGUUUUUUUUGUGUUGGGACUCAUGCAUUUGUGAGCGGUCACUCACUGGUGGUCAAGUACAUGCUUGUUUAAGGGGGGGUUUGUUGUUUUUUUUUUUGUUAGAUUUUUUUUUUUUAAAGAAAAAAUAGGACAAGGAAAUCAUACCUAAUGUGUGAAGAGCACCAUGUGUCAUACAUUUGGACGUAGCAUGGAGCUGCAGGUCAAUGAAGAAAAAGAAAUGUGUAAAAGCAUGUUAGCAAGCAUAAAAAGAACCUCAAAUGGGUCCUAGAGGGAGGAGGAGGAAGAAAGCAGCGGCAUAUCCCUCCCAACGAAUGAUGCUGACAGCUUCACGUUAUCCUUUCCUGCAAUCUGGAGCUAUUGACUUUGAGACCCAGAGGAGUGAAAGCAACCCCUAGAACAAG